GGCGUGAGCUUGAAUCACCGUCGGGACUUUUUGGUGAACGGCGUCGCCGACCUUAUAACAUAAUGUCGCCGCUGAGGAGACGCAGCUGAAUGUGAAAUAAUUGUGGAUCCAGCCGGCAAUUACAGAAGAGGUGAACGCACCUUGCAUCCAGCCAUGGGAGGUCAGAUCACCAGAAAUAGCAUCUACGAUUCUCUGAACGCGCCAUUUCCUGCAACAUCCCACCGAUGCCACCACAAGCCCAAGCGCUGCCUGCCUAUACAGCCAUGUGCAGGCUUAUCCUCCGUCCCUCUGCUCUUCCACCCCAGCACCAAGGGCUCGCAGAUCGUCAUGGACAUGUCCCAGAGGACCGUCAAGAGACAGGCCAGCUUCUGUAACGCCAUCACCUUCAGCAACAGACCUAUCGCUGUUUAUGAGCAAGUUCGACUGAAGAUUACUAAAAAGCAGUGCUGCUGGAGCGGUGCCCUGCGUCUUGGUUUUACAUGUAAAGACCCAUCGAGGAUCAACCCUGACACCUUGCCCAAGUACGCCUGCCCUGACCUGGUCUCCCAGAGCGGCUUCUGGGCAAAGGCUCUGCCCGAAGAGCUCUCCAACGAGGGAAACGUCAUUUCCUUCUGGGUAGACAAGAAGGGCCGGGUGUUUUACCGAAUCAACGACUCCAGCUCCAUGCUGUUCUUCAGCGGGGUCCACGUCUCUGAACCUCUGUGGGCUCUUAUAGACGUCUACGGCCUCACCAGGGGGGUUCAGCUGCUAGACAGUGAGAUGGUCCCACUGGACUGCCUGCGUCCUCGUUCUUUUGCAGCCGCCCACCAGGCCUCUAUUCAGCGAAAUGGCGAUGACCCUCGCCUUUCCAUCAGCCUGUGUGACCUAAGCCUGCAGCAGCAGGAGAUGCAUCUGGAGGAAGAUGAUGAGGAAGAGGAACGGCUACAACCCUUGAGCUCCAACUCCUGCCAUGUGCCCCAAAACUCUCAAAACUCACAGCAGUGUUCGCUGCUGCCCAGCCAUUUGGACACUGAUCUACACUUCCACUCGAUGCACGGCAUCCAUGUAACUGUGCUGGAUAAGCACACGGUUGCACGGCUGGAUCACCGUGGUGACGAGAGGACCCUGGUGUUCACCAGCCGGCCGAUGCGCUGCUCAGAGACUGUGUUUGUCAAGGUGAAGGCAGGUGUCACGCGGCCUGGUUCUCUUUCUUAUGGUGUGACAUCAUGUGACCCCACCACCCUGAGGCCCAGUGACCUCCCAUCCAACCCAGAGUCCCUGGUUGACCGCAAGGAAUUCUGGGCCAUGUGUCGGCUGGCGGUGCCACUCCACAGUGGGGAUAUCUUGGGCUUUGUGGUGAACUCAGAUGGGGAGGUCAUGAUGAGCCAUAAUGGCAUCAGUGCAGGGAUGCAGCUGUGUGUCGAUAACUCCAGGCCACUCUGGAUGUUCUACGGUCUGCACGGCACCAUCACACAACUCAGGAUUUUAGGUUCAUCUCUUCACCCAGACCUCCGAGGCCCGUCGGUUCCCGGCUCCCCAUCCUGUACACCCAACACCCCCACAAUGCUUUGCAGCGGCAACUCAGAGCCCAACCUCAGCACGCCCUUGAACAUCAACCUCAAUUCAAGCCUCAACUCCAACUACCACACGGUCUUUUCUUCCUCCACAGGUACAACCCCGAGCUCUCCAUUCUCCAGCCAUCCAGAGUCCCCUACCUUCCCAUCCUGCUCGUGGAGUGACGAAUGCACCAUUUGCUACGAGAACGUGGUGGACACGGUCCUCUACGCCUGUGGACACAUGUGUCUCUGCUACGCCUGCGGCCUCAAACUCAAGAAGAUGGCCAAUGCUUGCUGCCCCAUCUGUAGGAGGACAAUCAAAGAUAUCAUCAAGACGUACAGGAGCACGUAGGCUCGUGUUAAACACCGUGUCGCAUCAUCAGGCUCAGCUCAAGGUUGUCGAAGCCAUGUAAAGACUUUGUUAAGAUGGACACAGCACAAGUGAAAGCCCCACUUGUUUGUGUGUGCAAUCUGGCUCAGGUACUCUACAGCAGGACUUUAAACUCCAUCAUUAUAACAUUUUAUCCAUGUUGUGUCUAAUGCUCAUCAUUGGAAGGCUCACAGUGGUCCUUUCCUGUGAAGACCCAGCAAUGAGAUUCAUCAGAAACCAUCAAAAAAUACAGUGUUGAUCAACAGGAACAGCAGAUUGGACCUUGACCUACUAUUGUCCAGUGAUUUGUGCAUCUGUUGAGGAGAAAGAGUAAUCUGAAGAGGCAUCUGUCAGACUUCAUGCAGAGUAACCCUUCAUUCUGCGGGCUAUACGGUAGAUACCAGUAAGAAAUGAGUAGAAAGACAGAGAGAGAAAAUGUUGCAGCAUUUCUAAAAUAAGCCAUUUUUGAAUGAGUAGAAAAUGCUCCUCAUGCAAUAAAACACAAUGAAAUGCCUAAACCUAAAGGGUAAAGUAAUCCUUAUCUCAGUUGUAUAAUAAAUGAAGUGUUUUGUUGGAUAUUUCACGACCUGCUGUGCUUCUGUGAACUUCAGGCAAGGCGAGAUUGUGCGAAGGGUAAAAAAGUGUGAACGUUGUCACCAUAGAAGGUCACGCUUGCGGUGAAAUGAGGAUGUAAAUCAGUGAGGAGGGAAGCGAGGGAGGAGAGAGAGAAUGUUGUAAGUGUGGGAUGUAGACAGGGGCACAUGCGCUGUGUGUCUGCACAUCGUUUCAAUGCCACGAAGAGGGUUUGCUCACUCAGGCAAACCACAUACAUAAGAAGUUUGUAUAAAAGCCUGUAAAAUGCGGGACUUGCAUGGAUUACAUGUCCUGCUUCUUGGCAGCCGUCCCCCGCCACCUAGUGCUGCUCAGUAAGCCUGCCGGAUGCUGCAAUUGGACAAGUCAUCUAAAUAAACAUUGGUGGGCAGUGAAGUAUUUUUAAAAUGUUGAAAGAGCACAUAAGGAUGCAAGAAACCCAUGAAACACUAAGUUACAGAUGGCUUUGCUUACUUCAGGUUACGCACUCCUCUUUCAUUAUGUACAUUAAAGUAAAACAUGAAUACUCGCUUUCACUGAUGAUGUAUUUCAGUGCACUGUGUCUUCAAGUGGAAAGAAAUUCACACGUGUGCAGUUAGUGACAAGGAUGUAGCUUGUUAUUGUGGGACAUUGUGAGAAUUACAUUUGCAUAUCAGUUUCUGAGUGCUGCUCUCCGUCUGUAAAAGCAAACUCCAAGGACAUUUUCACUUGACUAAUCUCAUGCAUUAUGUACUGCUUUGAAUUGUUAAGAAAUACAAGCUAUUUUCAGGUGUUAUUUUGGCCUUGCUGAAACAUCACUCAGUAAUCUGUAAAGUGGUAAGUGCUGAUUUUUUUUUUUUUUUCAAAGUUUUGAAGCUUGUCAUCUCGCAGCUGUGGAGGGAAAACUAGCAGUUAUGUUGUAAAAGGUUUGCGUCACAGUUAAGUUUUUCUUGUGUGCCUUUAAAAACAGAAGUCUGGACACACUCUGGUAUGUUAGGCUCCUCUCUCUAAAAAAAAAACCAAAAAAAAACCAAGAGGAAUACUGAGGUUCAUAUUCAUCUUAAAGUCACUCUUACACGAGUGUGAUGUCUCUGAUGUGAGCAGGUGUAACCACACAACCUACCAAUACAAAGCUGUUGUGUUUGACUUUGAAGCAAACAUUUCAGUGCGUUUAACAUCAGUGUGCGAAUUUAUUCACUGCCUAAGAUGAAAUGUUUAAAUAUCGCCUUGUCCCCUCUGUCACUGCAUUGCAUAAUACUGGAAUUUUGUUGUGCUUUAGAGACGCCCAGCCUUUACAUUUCUACCUGUUUUCUUCCUGACCAAAUAUGACCCAGAGGAAAUGAAAUAUUGUGAAACAUUUUUGAUAGAAAAAUGGUAUUGAUGAGUGUAAUAUUAACUGUACAUUAGGAGGAUUAUUUAUUUUGUCAGUGCUACUAUAAAAAAAUAUCACUGUUUAUUUUAUAUGUAUGGCUAUAGUGUCCAAAAUGUAAGAGUAUUUCAUCGUUACAUAGUCAAAGAUUAUAGAAAACUUUAUUCUCAUGAAAGACUCAGUGGUUGUGACAGCUGAUUUUCACUUGAAGGAGUAGUGUGGAUGAUGUUUUGGGAAAUACGCUCAUUCACUUUGCGGCAAAGAAUUAGACAAGAAGAUCAAUACCACUCUCCAGUGGUGGAAUGUAACAAAGUACAUUUACUCAAAUUAUAGAGCCUGAUGUUAUACUAAUACUCAUCUAUAUUUCAGAGGGAAACAUUCUUUUUACUGCACUAAAGGUUAUCUGAAAGCUGUAGUUAUUAGUUACUUUGCAAAGUAAGAUUUUACACACAAAACAUAAUUGGCUUAUAAAAUGUGAUGUAUUGUUAUAGAAUAAAGCAGCUAACAGAAUAAACUGAUUGAAAUGAGGUCAUCUGUGACCGUGCUACAGCUUUGAAAUGCUACUGACACACCAAUACAUCAGGAAUAGUUAACAUUAUAAUAACGUGUAUGGGACAUUUUUCCGAGCGAGCCGUUUUUACUUAUUAUACUUAAAGUGCAUUAGAUUUAACAUUGCAUACUAGCUUACUUUUACAGUAAUAUAAUUAUAGUUUUAUAAUCACAGUAUAUCCAAUGACAAUGUGACAAUGCGAAAGGUGUUGCUUGUAUAUAUGAACCCACAGAGUUCUCACCUGAAACUGCAGCUCCCUUCAGCUUCACAGAGUUAUAUUGUGAGUUUUAGCUGAUUGUUUAGCCGUCCAGACUUCAACUUUACUGUUUCGGUUCACUCUCACUGCUCUCAUCAUGUCGUCACAGCAGGCAGCCGCUUUCAGCGAAAAUGCUCUGAAAACCCAUUGUACACUACCGGCUAAGCACCAAACAGCAGACACACACAGUUACCGAACAGCUGAACCAGACCAAACACAGAGCUUAUAGAAACACAACUCCAAAUGAAUGAUUAUGUUGCUACAUAACUCUUUGUCCCUGGUGAAUUUUGUUAACUCUGAACAGAGUAUAGUUGUAUCCCCUGUUUCCAGUCUUUAUGCUAAGCUAACCACCUGCUAGCUAAAGUCACUCACAAAGGUGAGAGUGGUAUCAGUCUAUUCAUCUAACUCUUAAAUAAGCAUAUUUCCCAAAAUGUCAAACAUCUACUUUAAUGUCAUAUACUGAAAUAUGGUAUUAGAAGGGAAUGAAAUGUGUAAAAUUGCCGUUGGUUACUUAUUAGUUGGUAAAAUUAUGUUGUGCAUAUUUAAAUUCUAUCUUGACUUUGUGUUGUAGUGAAGCAGGCGUGCGUAGUUCCCCAUAUGGUCAUAAUUCUGACAGCCUGUUUUUCAAAUGUGACCAAAUAUUUGCAGUCCAAACAAAACAAAACCAGCAAGUAAGUGAAGGUGGGCAUUGUGCACUUUGGACAAGAAAAUCAGCUCAUAACUUUGGUUUCCUGGACUUGGGAUUUCUAUUUGACGUUAAAAAAAAAUAAAAUAAAAUAAAAAAAUGGUUU